AUGGUACUGGAAAAGAACAAUGAAGGCUCCAAAAGCAACACAGCAUUGGUUGGCGAUGCCCCUCAGGCUUUGACGCCUGCCAAUUGGGAGGGCGAGGAAAAGUCCACGGGCAGCGACACAGUCGAUUUCGAGUCGACAGAAGCUCUGAACGAGUAUUCACAGGGAAUUACCCUGAUCAUGGUCAUUAUGGCUCUGCUUUUGGGAGUAUUUCUAGUUUCGCUCGACUUGACCACGACUGCAAUUCCCCGAAUCACGGACACUUUUCACAGCGUUGACCAGGUAUCAUGGUACGGUUCUGCCUUGUUCAUGACAGCGGGUGGCUUCCAGCCCACUUGGGGCAAGUUCUAUAAAUAUUUCCCACUUAAAGCAGCAUUUGUCCUCUCGUUGUUUAUAUUCGGACUCGGUAGCCUCAUUUCCGCAGUGGCCGCGACCUCUCCAACAUUUAUCAUCGGCCGCGCAGUUGGUGGUGUGGGGACGGCGGGAGUCUUCUCGGGUUCAUAUACUAUCAUCGGAUUCUCAGUGGACCCGCAGAUGCGCCCAAUGAUUACAGGGCUCAUCGGUGCGGCCUUCUGCCUCGCAUCUGCCGUAGGACCUCCUGCUGGCGGUGCCUUGGCUGAUCAUGUCACAUGGCGCUGGUGCUUCUACAUCAACCUGCCCAUCGUCGGUUUUUGUAUCCUGAUCUUCUUGCUCUUCUUCCGGACUACGAAAGUCAUGGAACCAGCUGAAGGUACAAUAAAAGAGAAAAUUAUCAAUAUGGACCCUGUUGGAACAAUACUGGUGAUAGGUGCCCUGCUCUCCUUUCUGCUGGCCAUGCAGUAUGGCGGUCAGACCAAGUCAUGGUCUUCAAGUACCGUGAUUGGCUUGCUUGUUGGCUUUGGACUUUUAUUGAUAGUCUUUGUGGCAUGGGAGUACUUGCAGGGAGAGCGGGCUAUACUAAUACUACGGCUGAUGAAGUCCCGUGCCGUGUGGGUGAACAUGACCUAUAGUUUCCUUGCGACUGGUGCAUUCUCCAUCGUUUCCUUCUAUCUGUCAAUUUACUUCCAAAGUGUUCAGGGUGUCAGCGCAACAGACUCGGGCGUACGAGUCCUGCCGCUAAUUUUAAUGAUCAGUUUGGCUAUGAUCGUCUCGGGCGCAAUUAUCUCAUGGACACGCGUUGCGACCCCAGUCCUUGCCCCAGCGGCGGCUCUCACAGUCGUCGCAUCGGGUCUCUUAUACACCCUCGAGAUGGAGACGAGUGCACAAAAAUGGAUUGGCUAUCAACUCCUUGGAGGCGCCGGCUGGGGUGCCGGCUUCCAAAUUCCAAUCAUCGUAGCCCAGAGCAGUGUGAAUAUUAACGACCUAGCGCCCGCCACGGUCAUGAUCCUAUUUUUCCAAACCAUUGGAGGCUCGUUCUUCAUCGCAGCAGCGCAAGCAGGCUUCGCAAAUCAGCUCCCGCUGCAACUAUCCCACACGGCUCCGAGCAUCAACCCAGCCGUUGUGGUUGCGACUGGUGUAACCGAACUUCGCACUGUAUUCGACAAAGAGCAUAUCUCUGGAAUCCUUCUCGCGUAUAUGGCCAGCAUCCGUAUCACGUUCCUCAUCGCGAUGGGCGGCGCUGGCGCCGCUCUCAUCUUCAGCCUGUUCAGCAGCUGGCAUCGGCUCGAUGCUAAAGCCUUAGCAAAUGCCAUGGGUUGA